AGUCAAACGAACAUUAUACCGACUACCCUUCCCACAAUUGACAACUAUGUUCCGUACUGCAGCCAUCACCACACGUGUUUCUCUUUCUCGAGCGACAAGGAUGUAUGCCAGGUCGCUUCACUCAUCACCGGGAACGUCUAAAAGUAUGACAGAGAAGGUGUCAGAAGUUGCUGAUACAGUGAACAAGAAAGUCGGAAAGGGUAUUGCUUCCGCUAUCGAGACAGGAGAGCAUGCAACACACACAACGAAGGAGAAAUUUGGCUCAGGUGCGGAUUCUACAAAAGAAAAGGUAGAAGAUGUAGCAGGAACUGCAAAGCAAAAAGUACAAGAAACCUCUGAGCAAGCAAGACAGAAGGCCGACCAGGCUAAGUCUGGUGCACGAGAAGCCAAAGAUGAUGUCAAGAAGGAGCUUUCAAAAUAGAAUUCAAGUUGCGCGUGCUUGCCUAAACGCUGUAUCUUAGCUUGUAUUCGGACAAACUCAUCCUAUAAUGAUCAUGGAAUGAUCACGGCACUCAUGAAUCGAUCUAGAAUUUGUAAACGUAAAACUAGUUUAGUAACAUCGAGAGUAACUAAUCCAUGACUAGUAUCCGCUAUCGUUCUAUGGAAACAAUAUUGUUCCAUGUAUCCGAAAUGUGGUAGGGAGAGUCGGAUAGCAUGUUGUACGAUAAUAACAAACGAAGAACGGCCCGCUUACCCUACAAGCGAUAUGAGAGCGAUCCAAGUCGGCAGAUGAAAGACGAGUCUGAGUCUCACAAUGACAUGUCGGGAUAUGCCAAAUAGGGCUGAUGAUAUGCAGAAAGCAUCAGUAACCUCGAAGCAUGAGGGCGAGACUUCGUUAUGCUAGAAGUCAGUCAAUUCUCAGGUGAGUCAGGAAAAAGGGCGGUCCGGU